GGAGUUUAAAACUUGGAUCAUCACUGCUAAAGUCACAGUCUGCCAACUUAGCUUGGGCACUCAGCACAACACAGCCCUUAGUGCCUUCCCUCCUGUCAGCUCUUACCAAUGCCAGCAAACUUGUGCGGUGUGAGGCCAUGGGCUGUGUGAAGGAGCUGACCAAAAUUGUAGGGGGUGGUUUGUCUCAGGACAACCACAACCUGUUGUUAAAGACACUUCUCAAGCAUGAUGAGGAACUUAUUGCUGAUGAGAGCCAUUGUUCACUGAUACUAUCUGAAUUUGGGGACAAACCUUCUUCAAAAGGUUUGCAGAUAAUCCAGGGGUUGCUGGAGGUUGUGACAUCUGAGCAUAUAUCACUGCAUCUUAAGGUUCCCAUUCAAUAUAUAUUGAUUGGCAUUACCAAUACAAGUGUGCUGCUGAAUCUUCUGCCACUUGCCAACAGCAUAUUUGUGAAGAUAGCAUCCCUAAAACCUGAUGCAAAGUUAGAUGUUCCAAGCUCACUUUCUCUCUACUACAUUCUGCUGUGCUUCACCCCAACCACUUCAGGCGUUCUUGAGACUGAAGCUGGCUGGGAUGUUUUUAUAAAAGCUAUCAACUGCUCAGCAGCAGUGCUGAACCUUCACAAGGAAAUUGUGUCUCCUCAGAGCAUAUUGAUGGACCAGGUCAUGAGUCGUAAAUUCUUCACAAGUAUUGCAACAGAGGAGGUGCAAGCCAGGCUUUGGAGCAUUCUCAUCAGUCGUGUAGCAGAAUCUGAAAACCCAUAUGAGGCUGCCCAACUACGUAAAGGGCUAAGGAAAGUGAGCCUGGAUGCAGGAGUGAUCAUCACCAAAAUAGAAAGUCUCCAGCUCUCCACAAAAGCCACUUCCAUCCGGGCAGCUCAAGCUAAGAGGAUUAAGCAAAAAGUUCAAAAGGAUCAAGAGAACAACUUGCUGUCAUGGAAGAAGCUGGGUCUGAUGCUUGAAACCAUUGGUGUGAUGGCAUCCCUAGGUCGCCCCUGGCUCUUGGUUGGUCCUUUGUGCCAGUGUCUCCAUCAAACCUUCACAAAAGACCUUGUUAUCACAGAGAUUGUGCAGCAGCAGCUUCUGUCUGCAUUGCUUCAUCUUCUCCAGAAGUCCAUGGCAGAGAAAGGAGAAGACAUCAGCAAAGACGUCCAAUUAAAUGUUGAACUAAUAGUCCAGUGCAUCCGGUCCUCUGCAAGCCCUGACACUCACCGGCGUGCCUUGCUGGUCCUUGCUAUAGCAGCAAAAAUAUUCCCUGAUGUUGUGAUGCACAAUAUGAUGUCAAUCUUCACCUUUAUGGGUACUUCUCUUCUGAGACGUGAUGACUCGUACUCCUUUCAAGUGAUUCACCAGACUAUCCAGAGUAUUGUUCCCACACUCAUUAAGUGUGAAAAGAAGGAAAAGCUUCAGGUUAAACUUGCACAAGUGUGUCAAGUUUUUGUUGAUGCUCUACCAGACCUCCCUGAGCACCGCCGCCUGCCUCUUUUCACACAGCUUGCAACUACAAUCGAUGUAGAGCAAAAUCUGUGGCUGCUUGUGGCUCUCAUGUGUGACAUCCAUGUUAUCAAGGGCACUGCAAAUGAAGCUUCAAUGCCCAAGGAUGAGGAAAGAAAAGGAGUGCCCCAGAAUGUCCAAUUUGCCCUGAUGCUUACUAGCCAGUUCUCUGGUGUGACACAGGUCCACGCUUGUUGUAAGCUGAUGGAGUACAUAAUCAACCUCCCAGAAGAAAAAGAAGAGGAGGGAACACAGGAGGUGGACGAUAUUAUUAACUGGAAAAUUCACUCAACAAAACAGUUAUGCCAUUUUAAGUAUACUUGUAUUGGUUUCAUGUCGCAUCUGUUGUCCUCUGAGAGCUUUAUUGGCCAGGUGUGUGAUAAGCCAGAAGGUCUUGAUGGGGAGCUUCAGGAACUCUAUCAGCAGCUCCUUGAAAAAACAAUGUGUUUCCUACGGACUGUGAAUGAGUUGUGUGAUGCCAACAAAGAGAAACCUUCAGGUAAAUUCUGGAGUUCCUUACAACGGAAAGUAAUCUCCGUGUUAGAUGGAAUCAAUGCAGUUCUGCCUCCAAGCAUGUUGUUAAAGGUUGUAGGUGGCCUGAUGAAAUCACCCUUGCCAGCGGUCAGGUGCAGAGCCAUUGAGUUGCUCUGUGCAAAGCUUCAGCCAAAUGCAAACUUCUUCAGGGCAGAAAAUGUGGAGGACCUAUUGCCUUUCGUGGAUAUACUGCAAAAGAUUGGCUUCCCAUCUGAGGAACUUGUAGAGACAAGGCAAACCAGUCUUUACGGUCUCCAGCUGCUCACAAAGUUCCUUUCUGCUCAUGUUGAUGCUAAAGUCCUGGAACCUGUACUGAAUCUGAGCAUCAGGAUGGUCUGUUGGGGAAAUGUUCCAGACAGGGUUGUGACGCAAGCACUCUUAGUUGUGGCCGAGUCAGUGGCUGCACUGAAGGCCAUUGUAGUUCCUCGUCUUAGUCGCCUGUUACCUGCUAUCCUCAAAGUACUCAGUGAAAACCAAGAAGCAGAUUAUCGUCUCCUAGCAGCUCUCACAGCCAUACACAAGCUUGUAGAGAAUGUGCCACAGUUCCUGUCUCCCUACUUGACUCCUCUUGUAUGUUGUGUGUGCCGCCUUUGUGUCUUAAAGGAAGACCCAGCUUCAAAGGAAUCACGACUGCAAAUUAGGCUUGCCGCAGUCCGAGAUUUGUUGUCGGAGCACAUUGAGCCUCGCAUUUUUAUACCUUGUCUUACCCAGGCAUAUGAGAAGUUAGCCGAAAAUGACAUCCCUGCAAUUCAGUUCUUGCUAGCAAUUGCAGAAAACCUAAUAUCCAGAACUGAUAGCAAAGCUCUGACUGUUCACAUGCCAGUGCUGCUUAACUUGUUCUCAAAAACUUUAGAAAUAAGAACUCAAAAGGGAGACUCAGAAGUUAUCAUUAAGGUGGAGACAAGCAUAAUUUCAACAAUGGUCAGAUUGCUGCUUCGGCUCAAUGAACACGACAACAUGGCCAUCUUCAACUCCCUGCAGAGAUGGGCAGUUGAUUCAUCUGACGAUAAUCCCACCAGAUUGAUUACUUUCUAUCGGUUUGCUGAUCAAUUAGUAGGCACUUUGAAGGUGCUCUUCAUAAAGGCAAAAUUAGCAGAUAGUUUAUAUAGCCAUGCAGUGGCCAUGCUGGAGAGAAACAACUCGCUCAACCACCAUAGCACUAUAUUUGGAAGUGAUGAAGAUGCAGAAAAGAAAUCAUCAGUCCUCAUCAGUGUUAUCUUGGAUACGCUUACCAAAGUCUUUACGUAUGAUUCUGUCAGCUUCAUAAAUCAAGAAAGGUUUAAGAUGAUGGUUAAACCGCUGAUUGACCAGCUCGAGAACAAACAUGGAGGAGAAGAGGCCUACAAGGACCGUGUGAGCAACCACUUGAUGCCAUGUGUAAUUAAAUUCACUGUAGCAACUGCCGACGACUCAUUAUGGAAGGAACUCAACAGUGAGAUUCUCAAGAGAGUUAGAAAUGAAGAUGAUACCCCAGUAAUUCUUGCAGCACUCACUACUUUCGAAGGUCUUGUGGACAGCCUUGGUGAAGACUACCUCCAACCUCUGCUAGCGGAUACAAUGCCUUACAUCACAGAGGUUCUGGAGAAUGUAGAUGAUGAUGUAGAGGAAGCUUCUAGGAAUGUGUUUUCCAAGAUGGAAUCUAUACUGGGGGACAAUUUAAGAGCAUAUCUAAAUGAGUAACUGAAUACUGUGUAGGUAAUAAAUUUGGUACAAAAAAUAA